ACCUGACGCAGCAUAUUUAAGGGGGGCUCUAUCCGAAACAUACAGAAACACUUUUCAUACAUCUUUUUGCGGGGAGAAUUCUAAGCCGUGAAAAAAUGGGCUCAAUUGAGAAGGAUAGCAGGGAGGAAAUUAUUCAGGCAUGGUAUAUGGAUGAUAGCAAUGAAGAUCAGAGGCUUCCCCAUCACCGUGAGCCAAAGCAGUUUGUCUCCCUUGACAAACUUGCUGAGCUUGGAGUGCUCAGCUGGAGGUUGGAUGCUGACAAAUAUGAAACAGAUGAGGAGUUGAAGAAAAUCCGUGAAUCCCGAGGAUAUUCAUACAUGGACUUCUGCGAGGUUUGCCCUGAGAAGUUGCCGAAUUAUGAAGAGAAGAUCAAGAGCUUCUUUGAAGAGCAUCUGCACACAGAUGAGGAAAUCCGCUACUGUGUUGCUGGGAGUGGCUAUUUUGAUGUGCGUGACAAGAAUGAGGAAUGGAUCCGCAUCUGGGUGAAGAAAGGGGCAAUGAUUGUUCUGCCUGCUGGAAUUUAUCACCGUUUUACCCUUGAUUCAGACAACUACAUUAAGGCAAUGAGGCUCUUUGUCGGUGACCCAGUCUGGACCCCAUUCAACCGUCCACAUGACCAUCUCCCUGCAAGGAAAGAAUACAUUGAAACAUUUGUGCAGAAGAAUGAUGGUACUGGCCAUGCAGUUAAUGCUGCUGCUUAAGUAAACUCCAUAGCUGCUGCAGCUUUAAUUUAACAUUCUACCUAUUAUACAACCCAGAAAUCUUAGACUAUCCGAUCUGGUAAAUCUGUUAUUGUGAUAAUAUCAUAAUAAUCCCACCCUUGUUGUAUGGGUGACUGUUCUGUGUCUUUUGCUUCUGUUUGUACAAUACCAUAUUCACUUUAUAAUAGUAAUAACGGUGUUGGAAUAUGAGAUGUUGAGUUGGUUUUAU